AUGUCAGAUGAGGUCAUUGUAAAUGCGAAUGAACAAUUCAAUUGUUCCAAUUGUAAUCUAUCAUUAAUUGGACAAAAAUAUAUACUGAAUGAUGAGAAACCAUACUGUGUUGCCUGUUAUGAAAGUAAAUUCAGUCAUACAUGUGAAUUAUGCAAAGAGAAAAUUACCUGUGAUUCUAAAGAUCUUUCAUUCAAGGAUAAACAUUGGCAUGAAAGGUGUUUCUUCUGUAGUGUUUGUCAAGCAUCGUUAGCUGAUAAACCAUUCGCCACAAAAGACAAUGAUUUAUACUGUCCAGAAUGUUAUGACGAGAAAUUUUCACCGCGUUGUGAUGGUUGCAAAAAGAUAUUCAAGGCUGGUUCGCGUAAAUACGAAUAUAAAGGAUCAACAUGGCAUGAAGAGUGUUUUACUUGCAUAGAAUGCAAACAACCGAUUGGAGCUAAAAGUUUCGUACCAAAAGAUGAUGGUGUAGUAUGCGUACCGUGUUAUGAAGAGAAAUAUUCACAAAAAUGCUGUAAAUGUAAUAAGGCCAUUCAAAAAGGUGGUUGUGAAUUAGCUGGUCAAAAGUUUACAUCACGUGAUGAGAAACCUUAUUGUGCAGAUUGUUAUACACAAUUAUUUGCAAAACAUUGUGCAAAGUGUACAAAACCAAUUAGUGGUUUUGGCGGCUGCAAAUUUGUAACAUUUGAAGAAAAACAUUGGCAUUCUGAUUGCUUCAAUUGUAGUAAAUGUCAAAAUAGUCUGGUGGGCAAAGGAUUCCUUGUUUCGGAUGAUGGGGUUGUUUGUCCUGAAUGUGCAAGAUAA